AUGCCCUUACUUGACUAGUCUACUUCGAGCAUGUAGCAAUUGGCCAACUGAAGUCAUAAGAACCACGCAACCGAGUCCUGCCGCGUAGAAUAUUCAAACAGAAAAAAUGUCACCAAAUACUUCAGUCUCUAAUCUCUAUAAAAGCUACCUUCUCACACCCGUUUCUUGGCAACCAAUUAAAGUCAUAUAAACCCUAAAACUUUCUCAAACAUGUCAUACAUUUUCUCUUAUGGCAUGCUUUCUUCUACUUUCUUAGUUCUAUCAAUUAUUUUGGGUUCCACAACUUCAGGAGCCACAUCUCGUGUGGAUCUCUUUGAAGCUGCUGCCAAGGUAAAACAUGAGCAGUGGAUGGCUCGAUUCCAUCGUGUUUACUCUGGUGAAUCCGAAAAACGGAACAGGUUCGAGAUCUUUAAGAAGAACUUGGAGCUCGUCCAGAGCUUCAACAUGAAUAAGAACGCAACAUACAAGAUGGAUGUCAACAAGUUCUCUGAUCUCACCGAUGAGGAGUUUCGAGCGGCCUACACGGGACUAGUUGUACCCGAGAGUAUAAAUGGAUUGUCAAAAUCAGAGUCCGGCAAAAUGCUACGGUUUAAAUAUGAGAAUGUUAGUGAUGCCGACGAGAGCAAGGAUUGGAGAGACGAGGGGGCCGUUACAUCCGUUAAGGAUCAAGACACUUGCGGAGCUUGUUGGGCGUUUGCGGCCGUAGCGGCUGUUGAAGGUGUAACAAAGAUUAAGACGGGCAAGCUUAUAUCACUCGCAGAACAACAACUAAUAGACUGCGACAGAGAAUACAAUAAUGGGUGUGACGGAGGACUAUCGCUGAAUGCAUACGAGUACAUCAAAAACCAAGGCAUUAGCACAGAGCAAAACUACCCAUACCAAAGAAUACAGCAAACCUGUCUUGCAACAACACAAUCAGCUGAUUUCGUUGCUGCAACGAUCAGCGGAUAUGAGACAGUUCCGAUGAAUAACGAGGACGCGUUGCUACAAGCGGUGUCUCAACAGCCUGUUUCUGUGAGGAUAGAAGGGUCUGGGGCUGCGUUUAGGCACUACUCGGAUGGGAUAUUCGAUGGAGAGUGUGGGACGCAUUUGCAUCAUGCGGUUACGAUCGUUGGAUAUGGAAUGAGUGAAGAAGGAACUAAGUAUUGGCUAUUGAAGAACUCAUGGGGGCAAAAUUGGGGAGAAGGUGGAUACAUGAGGAUCAAGAGAGACGUGAAUACACCCGAAGGAAUGUGUGGUUUGGCCAUGCAUCCUUCUUACCCACUUGGUUGACCUCGUCUUAAGUAAUUGAUAAGAACCUGAAUAAUUAUAUUAUGGAAUUGGAAGCUUGGUUUUAAUGUUUUCGUUAAAAGGAUUAGUCGUGUGUAAUUUGAAUUUUAUGUUGGUGUGGAAGAAUAAAAACUUUAAGAAACAA